UUUACUCAAUUUAGGCACGCUUUGUAUAAAUAAAUGAAUUAAAAAUGUUUGCAGUUCACUUGAAGAAAUGUUUGCAGUAUCCAAAAAUAUCAAAAAAUAUGUUUUGCACAGUCGCAGCACUAGAGCGGAAUGGUAUCGCACUUGUACCGACAGAUUACCGCACAACACAAAGUAAAAUAGAUGCACAUUCUGAUGUACAUAUUGGGAAAUUUUAUACAAUUCCACCAGAAGAUAAAAAGCAAUUAUUUAGUGGAGGCGGUUUUCCUCGAAAAUUCGAAGAACAAGUUAAAACAUUUGCAGAAUCAUGUUUGCUAGUACGUUCACCUGCGCUAGAAAUAAUAAAUUAUAUUAAACGUUCUGACUUAAGUCGCCCAACUGUUCGUUAUGUGGUUUAUGGUGACAACGGCGCUGGAAAGACAUUGACCUUGGCACAUGUCUUACACUAUGGUUUGCAAAAUGAUUUUCUACUUGUACAUGUGCCGUGGGUACCGAAUUGGAUGAAACGUCCUAAAGAAGUUUCUAAUAUACCAGAACGUGAAGGUUAUGUAGACUUACCAUUUGAUGCGGCUGCUUGGUUAAAACACUUUAAAACACAAAAUUCUACGCUACUACCUAAAUUAAAACUUACGACAUCUAAAGAAUAUGUCUGGAGCAAACGUGAAACAACACCAGCUGGUUCAAGUAUAACUGAGUUGGUUGAACAUGGUAUUACACGCAUUAAAUUUGCUUCAGAAACUAUUGCUGCGUUAUUAUCUGAAAUUAAACAACAUGCUACAGCUGGACAAUGUAAAGUGAUGGUUGCAAUUGAUGGAUUCAAUGCAUUUUUUCAUCCAGAAACUCGUAUUUUGGGUGAUAAUAAACAAAUCAUAACACCAGACCGUGUUUCAUUGACACAACCAUUUGUAGAUAUAGCUAAUUAUAAUUGGACAAAUGGUGUUUGUAUUGUAACUGUUGAUAAAAUUGCAAUGACAGAAGGUUAUAUGGAUUCUUAUCUGCCACGAUAUUUGUUGGGUAAAGAUGGUUUUGAAUGCUUAGAUCCGUUUAUACCAAUACAUGUUGGUAAUUACACCGAAAAAGAGUUUGCGAGUUGUAUUAAUUACUAUUUGGAUCGACAUUGGAUACAAAAAGCACCCCAAGGAUUUGACGAACAAUUAAAGUUUUUAAGUAAUAAAAAUCCAUACUAUUUAAUGCAUCUCACAAGAUCUUUAUAAAUUCGCAAUAACUGUUGCCUAAAUAAACAUUGAAAAUAAUAAAUAA